AUGCAUGAGGUUGACGGCUGCAUACACAAAGCGGCAGGCUCCUGUCUGUAUGAAGAAUGCAUCACACUCAACGGCUGUGAAACCGGCAAUGCCAAGAUCACCUGUGGCUACGACCUACCGGCUAAAUAUGUGAUCCACACUGUGGGCCCUGUGGCCAGGGGACAUGUGGGUGAAACUGAGACCAAGGACCUGACAGCCUGCUACCAGAACUCGCUGGAGCUGGUCAAAGGGUUCGGACUGCGCUCUGUGGCCUUCCCAUGUAUAUCCACAGGAAUCUAUGGUUUCCCCAACGAGCCCGCGGCAAAUAUUGCCUUGGAGACAGUAAAGAGCUGGGUAAAGGAGAACCAUGACAAGAUCGAACGUGUUAUCUUCUGUGUCUUCCUGGAGGCGGACUACAGGAUCUACAAGGAAAAAAUCCUUCAAGUCUUCCAAGAUAACGAUGUGACUACAGAAGAGGACACUGAGGAUGGACAGAAGGCAGGAGCAGGCACGUCCCCUUCUAAGGAAUCCAGAAGCAAGAAUCAGAGUGAAGACCGCCAUGAUGACGAUGAGCUAGAUCCACCUAAAGAAGACGCUGACAACCAUACAGCCAUGGAGCAAGAAACCCUGGACUCACAGACAGGUGAACCAGAGGAAAAGAAAGCUGACGAGAAGAGUGAAAAUACAGAAAUGGAGGAUGCUACUGGUGAACCAGAGGAAAAGAAAGCUGACGAGAAGAGUGAAAAUACAGAAAUGGAGAAGGAUGCUACUGAGAAGGAUACAGAGAAAGAAAAGGAGAAGGAGAAGGAGAAGGAGAAGGAGAAGGAGAAGGAGAAGGAGAAGGAGAAAGAGAAAGAGAUGGAGACAGACACCAGCGCUAGUGAACAAAUAAAUGCUAAAGUCGAGAGCUUGGAAGGAUCUGACCCAACUGAAACCGACAGCUCUCCGUCCAAAGAUCCUGUAGAUAAGAAGGAAUGAACAGCAGGAGGAGGGACAAUCAACCAGCCAACUGUGAAGAAAGAAAGGGCCACCACAUCAGUACCUGUGCCCGUAUGCCCUCUUAAACUGGGGGACCGGAGGCACAAGAACGAGUCAUUCACCAUGACAUAACUCAUUCCCCUAUUUUACAUUACUUUUUAAUUACUUUUUGAAUCUUUAUUAUAAUGAAAUGAUGUCAUCUGUCAUCAAUGAAAUCCAUCAUCAAUCAAUCUUUAUCUCAGAAUCUGUCAUUCAUUAAAUGAUUCAUCGAUCAAAUUUGAAUAUGGAUGUAAAAAAAGAAACGUGAUAGAGGACUGUAACAUAUCAAACGGAUGCGAUACCUGGCAGUCUGUUAGAUCUAACUACUACUACUACUACUGCUGCUCCUGCUACUACUCCUACUCCUGCUACUACUCCUAUUCCUGCUACUACUCCUGCUACUACUCCUAUUCCUGCUCCUGCUACUUCUCCUACUCCUGCUACUACUCCUAUUCCUGCUCCUGCUACUACUUCUGCUACUACUCCUACUCCUGCUACUACUCCUAUUCCUGCUCCUGCUACUACUACUUCUCCUAUUCCUGCUCCUGCUACUACUACUACUACUACUACUCAUGCUACUACUACUUCUCCUAUUCCUGCUCCUGCUACUACUCCUACUCCUGCUACUACUCCUAUUCCUGGUACUACUACUCCUACUCCUGCUACUACUCCUACUCCUGCUACUACUCCUAUUCCUGCUACUACUCCUAUUCCUGCUACUACUACUACUCCUGCUACUACUCCUACUCCUGCUACUGCUCCUAUUCCUGCUCCUAUUCCUGCUCCUUCUACUACCCCUGCUACUACUCCUACUACUACUACUACUCCUGCUCCUGCUAUUACUAUGACUCCUAUUCCUGCUACUACUCCUAUUCCUGCUCCUACUACUACUCCUCCUGCUACUACUCCUAUUCCUGCUCCUGCUACUACUACUACUACUCCUAUUCCUGCUACUACUACUACUACUACUACUACUACUACUACUACUCCUACUACUACUACUCCUGCUUCUACUACUACUGCUCCUAUUCCUGCCCCUGCUACUACUCCUAUUCCUGCUCCUACUCCUACUACUACCACUCCUACUCCUGCUACUACUCCUAUUCUUGCUACUACUACUCCUACUCCUGCUACCACUCCUAUUCCUGCUGCUACUACUACUACUACUCCUAUUCCUGCUACUACUACUACCUCUCCUACUCCUGCUACCACUCCUAUUCCUGCUCCUACUCCUACUACUACCACUCCUACUCCUGCUACUACUCCUAUUCUUGCUACUACUACUCCUAUUCCUACUACUACUACUCCUAUUCCUACUCCUUCUACUACUCCUACUACUACUCCUAUUCCUACUCCUACUCCUACUACUACUCCUACUACUACUACUACUCCUAUUCCUACUACUACUACCACUACUACUACAGUACUACUACUACUACUACUACUAGCCAUGCCCAUAUUAGCCAUAUAGUGCCAGAGGAAUAAACCUUCUGUUGGAAAAGAGUCUAACCAUCCAUUAUAGAGGCAUAUAUUGAGAAUAUUAAUAAUAUCCUAAAUAUAAUAUCUCUGUUCCAUUCCAUCUAGAACAUUGAGGGAGCGUUCCAUCUAACCUUAAAUUCCAUCUAGAACAUUCUGGGAGCGUUCCAUCUAACCUUAAAUUCCAUCUAGAGUCUAGAACAUUCUGGGAGCAUGGGACUGUAAAAAUAUCAGAACGCCACAUUCACCAACCCCAAAUAGCUGCACCAGCUCCAGUUUGCAGACGUUAACAUUACAGGUUGGGGGUUCCGUAUACCACCACCAUCCUCUGUUUCUAACAAGCACCAUAGAACCGACACAGCACCUUGUCUGUCUGUCUGUCUAUCACUAGCUUUGACAGUCUGACAUUCAGCAGUGGAAAACAAGACGGAACAUGACAUCUUCUAGCAUUUACUAUGCUACUGUUGAUUGCUGCGUGUAUGACUGACAUGGUCUUUGAAAAUAUCUUUGACAUAGAGGAGGCACAUUGCAACAUCAUGGACUCACACACAGGAGUACAUCACAGCAUUAUACCAAGUUCAGAGUGUCUGCCAUAUCUUCUUGUCACACAUUUCUUGCUGUUUCAGCACCGAUAGCUAGUCAUGAUUAGGGUUGCAAAGGUAGGGUAUAUUACUGGAAACUUUCUACGUUUACCAGUAAACUACUAGGAUGUUGGUAUCUUUCAAGGAUUUUAUGUAAUCUGUCACAAGACUUCUAGUGCCCCUUUCUAGUGAACCUUUCUAGUGGCCCUACUUUAGAUUAUUACCGAUGUCUAAUUGAAAAUAAUGCCAUUGUUCAUUAGAUUAGAUUUUUUCAUUAAUCAGGCUUUUUUGUGUUGAACCAUAUGGUCUAUCUACUAUCUACUAUCUAGAAACUCAUGGACAAUAUGGACACAGAUAUAACAAUAAAUACUAUAUAUCAAUUUAUAUAUACUUUUAUUUAUAUAUAUAUUAAAGUUAUUCAAGUACAAAGUACCAAAGUUAAGAUAAAUUGCCAUACAUUUUCUGUUAAUUACCCAAAUUACUGAAGAUUCUGAUAACUUUGGUAAAUUACCGGUAGCUUUGCAACCCUAGUCUUGAUGUCAGCUACUAAUACCUUGACACACGCACUCACACACACAGAGGCAGACACACACACACACUUCAAAAGAAUUUCAUCUCCAUCACUCAGCCCUAACAGCUUUGCUUUCAUCAGUGAGAUAAUGCUUGAUCAUGUCUGAUGUUAACAUACACACACACAGAGAGAGAGAGAGAGAGACACAUACACACACACAAGCUCUGACAAUGUCUGAUGUUCAGAGAGCAGCAUCUGUAGCUGCAGACAAAGUCUGUAUCCAAAAUGACACCCCCUUCCCUAUAAAGUGCAGUACUUUUCACUAGAGCCAUAUGAGCCCUGGUCAAAAGUAGUGCACUGUAUAGGGAAGGGGGUGCCACUUGAGACAUAGACAAGCUCAUUAAAGAGCUCCUUAUCAGCACCAACAAGCACUUUGAACUACAGGAUGUCUGGUGUCUUUUAAUCUUUCAACAGAUUGAUUAUGGUUCCUUCCUCUGUCGUUUCGUUCCAAUGCAUGCCAGAAUCGCUUAGAACUUCACAAACAUGGGUUGUGUCCUGAAUGGCACCGUAUUCCUUAAAUAGUUAACUCUAUGGGCUCCGGUCAAAAGUAGUGCAUUAUAUAGGGAAUAGGGUGCCAUUUGGGAUGGAAUCCUAAAACAGUCAGCCAUUUUAGUAGUCCUCUCUCUCUCUUCUCUACUUAUCGUCUUUUAACUAGUUUGUCAAUAAUUGUAUCAAAUGAGUUUGCCUUAUUUCACAUUGUCAAACGUCUUCUUCAUUAUCUGUUUCUAACAGAUACUUGGGUGUAUCGCUUGCAGAUGAUUUGUAAUUUUGAGUAUUUACCUACUGUAACGUGAUGGCUGAUAUGUUUUGUUCUAUUGAUUCACUCUGUUAAUCUCUGGGUUUCGGAAAAUUGAGCCAAAAGCAUUUAAUUUUGUUUUCCGAUGUUGUUAUCAAUUAUACAUUCUCAAAUUAUUCAUUUUUAGUGGUUCCAUGCUAUACAGUACAUCCAAUGAAUAACAGUAAAGUACAGUACUAUGAAACUAUAAAUUAGCAUAUGAAUUGGAGUACAGUACUAUUAACUGAAAAUGAUGCCUUCAUAAUUUGGUGUUUUGCUUUGCUUAACAAUAAUGAGAUUAACUAAUAAAGUUUAAAGGGGGAUGGUCA